ACGUUCUAAGGUGCGCGGAUAUGCGCGCAUGUGAGAGAAAGAUGUCGGAAAGUGCAGAUGUUGAGCAGAUACAAAGCGCGUAUCCUGUUCUACCCGAUCAGUAUGAAAAGUCAUGCAAAAUUGGCCUGAACACGUGGAUAGCCCGAGUCAAGAAUAGUCGAAAGGAGGUGGUCAUUAAGAUGUACAGCGCGAAUUUUCCGUUCGAGAAGAAGCUGUUCCUUCAGAGGGCUCGGGCGAUUGUGGAGCUGUGUGGGGUGAGGCGGGGCUUCUUGACGAGCGGCACGUUGUUUUUCGUGGAGAACGCGCUGUGGAUAGUGUACGACCGCGAGCAGUGGGGAGAGGGGUGCUUGAAGGACUUGGCGACGUUCGCGAAUCCGAGCGGUGGGUUGGACGAGCAGUUGAUAAGGGCGAUAGUGGCGCAGAUAUUGGGGCCGUUGGAGUGGUACCACGGUCAGGGAAGGGUGUUUAGAGACCUCAGGAGCAAGAACAUUGUCAUGGAUUCGAGGAUGGGUGCGCAGCUUCAGAUGUUGACCUUUCCGAGCGUCUUGCAGGAGCAGGCGUUCGUCUUCAAGGAGGCGCUGUAUUGGAUGGCGCCGGAGUUGUUGAGGGCCGUGGAGGGCGAGCAGGGUGACUUUAGUUUGGCGGCGCCGUUGACAGCUUCGGCGGGUUCGGCGGUUGACGUGUGGGCGCUGGGCGUGACCAUGUUGGAGUUGUUGUUAGGGGAGUUGUCGCCGUUGGAGCAGGACCCGUCGGAGCAGCAGUCGUGCAUCGUGGUGCAGGAUCCUUCUUUGUUUUUGACGUCCGAGGUUUAUUGGGCGUCGAGUUCGGAAUUCAAGGAGGUGGUUGGCAUGUGCCUGCAGAGGGAGCCGUCCAGACGCGCCACGGUUGCCCAGUUGAGGGCGCACCCCUUUUUCAGAAACGCGCCGGACCCGGAGUACAUGUUUGAGUGCUAUUUCGGCAGGGGGGAGUCGAUUGAGGAUCGGUGGCCCGCGAUCGUCCAGAUAUACCAAUUGAAGAGCCAGACGAAGCAGAGGGUCGAGAAGCGGAGGGCGCAGGCCCAAGAAAAGUACGGCCAACUUCAGCCGGAGUUGCCCGCGAGCGCGGAGCAAGUCGGAGGCCUGUCGGCGCAGUCGGAAGGCGCGGCGGGCGGCGGGGACUUCCUGGGCAACCCGGCGUUGAAGGCGUCGGCGCAGAGCGAGAGCGGCGGCCUGUCGGGGCAGCUAGAAGCCGGGCAGGUCCAGAGGGUGACGCUGAAAAUACCGAUUACGUCCGUGAACUCGACGAACAACGACGCUACGAGAAGAGAAAGAAUUCAGCCAGAAGUGAGAGGAAGGUUCAGAAUCACGAAUCCAACGAUGAGCAUGCCGUCCCCAGCCGGCUCCGGCGGACCCGCCACCGCGGAUGUCACCGCCGAAGUCGUGCCAAGAGUGCCCUCUGGGGGCACGUCAAUGAACAGCACUCUAAAUGUCACCUCUUUGACAGCUGGCGAGUGCGGGAGCGGCGAGCAGAACAGCGCGCCCGCGCCCGACGCCGGCAAGAGGCGCCUCGCCGACUUCUAUUCGAUCACCACGGAACAACAGCCCGCCACGAACGUGCCCGUAGAGAGCUACCUCGGCGAGAACGAGACGGAGUUCCUGAUCUACGUCCGCGCCAUCACGGGGACCUCCGCCGACGUGAUCCUGGAAGAGAAGAUUCUGACCAUCCUGGGCCAGCUCCCGUCUCUGCCCGUUCACCAAGACGAGCAGGUCAACAUGUUGGAAGAGGUAAAUACAAAAUUCGAAAAAAAAAUCAAAUUUCAAGAAGAAAUCGAUUUGAGAAAUUGUUCUAUACAGCUCACCAAAGAUCCAUCAACGAUGAUCAUACGGGUCAAGAAGGCUGCCGGCGCCUUCUCUUCGGAGGACUGCCCCUCGAAGACGAAGAUACUGAGUGCUUACUUCCGGUGAAACCAGAGCGCGUAGUUGCCUAUUUGUUUCGCGAGGAGGGAGCCAUGGGAUCGUAGACCUCGUAGAUCUCUUCACCCGGCUGCGGCGACCUCUUGUCUUCGUCGAACACGAGCGGCUCGGUGCGCCAGCUGUUCCUCUCGGUCGCGCCCGACAGCAAGGCGCUGAACGCAGAGACGCGAGCGAGAAAGCGAUCCUCUUCGAAUUUCUUUUUUGGACGUUUUGGAAGGCCAGAAGCCUGCAGCGGCUCGUCGGAAGUCGGCUUGUGCCUCCUAAACCGAGGUAGCGCGAUGUCUUCGUCCGACGCCCUCGCUUCGGGCGCGCGCUCUUCGACCAAGCUCUGCCGAGCCAAGCGCCUGCGCUCGGCCCUCCGAUCAAGUUUCUUCUCGAUUCUCUUCCACUCUUGGCUCCUCUGCAGCAUGCCGGCCUCCCACGCCGAGUCCCGAUCGUCUUCGGCCAGAUGCUCUCUCGCGACGGUUGGCGCGUCCGGAGGCGAACCGUCGCGCCUUUGCGCGCUCUUGUCCGCGCGGUCCCGAGCGGGCGGCUUUGAGCCGGCUCUGGAGGGGGCCACCGUGACCUUGCUCGGGGCGCGGAGGGCGUGGUGCGUCUCCUCGGUUUCGGCUUCGUCGCCGAAGGACAGGAGCCCGAAGUUUUUGACGGCCUUGGUCGAGGCUUUCUUCGGCGCGGCGGCGAUCUCCGCUUCUUUGAACGCGUGCGGGAACGCGAUGUCUCGCGGGAACAGGUCGUCGAACGGGUUCCAGACGACGUGCGCGGACCGAAUGACAGGUGGGUUUACGAAGCGGUCUCCGUUUUUCCCGGGAAUGGUCUGCAGGUCGUUGACGCGAAGGACGUUGAAGAUCGUUUCGCCAACGACCUUUCCGAAGAUUGUGUGCUUUUUUUCGAGCUCGAGGGUCUUGUCCAGCGUGAUGAAGAACUGCGCCGCGUUUCGCGUUGAGUCCGUCGGGGUGCCGGCGCAGGCGACGAUGCCCCGGUGGGAAAAGUGAAGUCUCGAAUGUAUCUCAAGAGGGAAAGUCUCGUUAUUUGCAUAAAUCGUGGUGUUUUCUCCCAGGCCCGUUCCGGUUGGAUCGCCGGUUUGGACGAUGAAGGAGGGGAUGAAGCGGUGGAAGGAACAAUUGCUAUAGAAGCCCUCGAGGGCCAAUUGGACGAAGUUGCGCGUAGCCUUGGGCGCUUCCUUGGGCCAAAGUUCGAUGUCGAUGGGACCGAGUGUGGUGUCCAAGGUCACCUUUCCCCUAGUGGCCGGCUCGGAUACAUAGAUCCCAGACAUGGGUGCGCGGGACGGGAUGGCAGGCGUGGAGCGAAGGGCGAGGCAGGCGGUGGAGAGGGCGCAGGUACGCGUUCAUCGACGUGCGCCGCUACGGCAAACUGUAGUGUGAUUUGUCGUGUGGUCUUUUUUUUUUUUUUUUUGUCGCCGAGCGCGAAAAGCGGAGCGGCGCGCAGCCGCUCGCGAGCAAAAGCGUCCCUUCGUCUGUGCAAAAGGUACUUUUUUUCGGACCGCGAAAUGGAAGCGUCCUCUGAGAAUGGGCGCGACGCCAACCAGCUGUCCUAUGCGGAGCAAAAAGCCAAGCUAUUU